AGCAUUGCCUAUUUGAUUUGAUUUUUCUCUUUUUCUCUAUCUCUGGUUUAAAUGUGGAAAAUGGAUUAAAAAAACAAUUUGUAGGUGUUUUCUGAAUUUUAGUUUGCUAUCUGGUGUUGGUUGAUUUUGAAUUGAUCAUACGUGUUAGCAAAAAAUUCAUGCAUUGCUGUCUCUCAUCUGUAGUUGUUGUUCAGUUUAAUCCUUGCAGGAGCUUGUACCCAAGUGUGUGAGGCUGGCUUACUUGUUUCAUGUUUGAUGUAGUAGCACUAGUCAUUUUGAUUUGGCUGUAAGAUUUAGCUAUAAGGAAUUGCUUUUUGCGUUUUGAAAUCAAACCAAUUUCUCAUUUGAAGCAAUAAGUUUCUAGAAUCUGUUAUACACAUGAACUUAUUUGAUGACUGCAAAGACUUAUAUUAAUUUCUUGGAUGAUCAAAUUGACUAUUUUCGGUAUGAAAUGCUUGCUAAAUAUGCAUCUCUAACCUGAGUGUAGCACAAUGCGCUGUGACUUAACCCACAGAGCUUACUAUUGAAUGAAAAACAAGAUAUCCUCUUUUUAUUUUCCUCUAUUGAUCUACUAUAUGGAGUUUCUUUGCUUUUUUUGCCAUGUUGAAUUAUGAAUAUGGAUUUCUUAGUUCAAUUUAGAAAAUCUAUGUUAUUCUCUUAUUGGUUCAGCAUAUAUCUAUUGAAAUUUUGACGCGGGGAGUGAAUGGUUUCAUAUUAUCCCUGUAGUUUAUAGUGAAAUGACAUACUAUUCAAAUUAUGUAUACUAUUUCACCUUAUCAGUUAUGUGCUUCGGGCUUAUGAUUGUUAUCUGUGUUGUUCCAAUUAUUCUAUUAUGCUUAAUUAUUUUGUUCUUAUUUCUUGUUGUCAGAUUUGGUGAACAACCUUGGUACCAUUGCAAGGGUGGCACCAAGGAAUUUAUGGAAGCCUUGGCUGCUGGUGCUUAUCUUGUUGCAGAUAAGGUCAUUGUUACCACCAAGCACAAUGAUGAUGAGAAGUAUGUGUGGGAGCCACUCCGAUUCAAUGUUUAUGAGGUAUUUCCUUUUGCCUUUGCGAUUGUAUCUGGUGAAACUGUAGACAAUUGGAGGUGGUUUCUACAAAGGAUAUCGGAUGUUUUGCUGGGUUUUUUUGGAUUUUUUGUAUGAAAUGUUAUUAACAAUGUUUUUUGUGUGAAAUGGUAUUAA